CUUUAGUGACAUCGAAUCUUUCCCUACGCAGUUUGGACGGAAAAAACACUUCCUGAGCAGUACAGACAUGGAGGAUAAGCUCAGGCAGCUGGAGUGUCUUUUUACAUGGGGAGUGAAACAAUCAGACAUAGGCGACCUGAACAGCAUUCUGCAAAAACUUCAUGACAGGAUCAGAUUUUGUCCACUGAAGUAUCAUGCAACAUAUUUCAACCUUCUGGCUUUCAUCAGUCACCUGGAGGGUAAAACUGACAGUGCACUGGACUAUCUUCAAAAGGCUGAAUCAACAUUAAAAGAAGAAGGGCGAAAGGAAACUGAGUACUUGGUAACAUUUUCCAGCUUUGCGUGGAUCCACUACUAUUUACAGAGGAUAAAUGAUGUAGAAGAGUACUUGAACAAGGUGAAUGGUAUAUGCAAGGACAUACCGGGUUCAUCCGAUUACUCCUGUAACUUGCCCAUAAUACAUGGUGAAAAGGCCUGGAGCUUUUUAAGACUAGGAGGAACAUUCUAUGAGCAAGCAAAAGAGAGCUUUUCUAAGGCUCUUAAAGAAGAACCAGAUAACAUAUUGUUUAAUGUUGGGUAUGCAAUAGUCCUUUACAGGUUACAUGGCAUGACCCAAGCAGAAGACCCUGAAAAAGUCAUAGCACAGCUUAGAAAGGCUCUUAGCCUCGAGCCUGCAAACUCUGAGAUCAUGGUUCUUUUGGCUCUGAAACUCCAGAGGUCAAGAAGACAGGAAGCUCAGAACCUUAUAAAAGAGGCCCUCCGAUUGUCUCCUGACGUUCCGCAGGUAACCAGAUAUGUGGCCAAAUACUUCAGGACAGAGGGCAACAUUGAAGAAUCACUGUCUGUCCUCAAGAGGGCAGUAGAGUUGGCCCCAAACUCCUCUUUCCUGCACCAUCAAAUUGGCCUUUGCCAUAAACAGCAACUUAUUCAAAUGUUUGAGGAAAAGAAGCAUGGAAGACGCGUUUCUGCUGCUCAGAAAGCCGCCAAAGUGUCUGAAUGCAUCCGGUACUUCUCAAAGGCUGUGGAGUUGAAGCCUAAUAAUAUUUAUGCUAAAGUUAAUUUAGCAGACGCCUUUGGGGAGAGCUGGCAACUUGAAGAGGCAGAGAUAAUCUUUUGUGACUUGAUAGAUGACAACACUCUCAGUGAAUCUGAAACACAGCACUGCCACACAAGCUACGGUUUGUUCUUGCUCUAUAAGAAAAAGGAUGAAGACAAAGCAGUCAGUCAGUUCAAGCUAGCAUUUAGGAUACCAGUCGACACCUAUGAAAGAAAACAAGCUGGCAAGAAACUCAAAAUGAUUGCUGAAAGGAAUCUCAACGCCAAGAAGAAAGUCAAAGAAGCACUUGAAAUUUUGGCUUUAAUUUCUUCAGAAAAAAGGCAGGAGGAGACACAAGCAAAAACGUAUCAGCAAAGAGCCCAGCAGCACUCCUUACAUACUGAUGAGCUGACCCAAGACUUUGCUAAGAGACUUGAAUUUUAACUCCUAUUUUAGCUUAUUCAGUUAAGCUAUCUGCUUGGCCGCAGUGUAUGUGUGAAUGCAAGAGUGUAUGGGUGUUUCCCAGUGUUGGGUUGCAGCUGGAAGGGCAUCCGCUGUGUAAAACAUGUGCUGGAUAUAUAAACUGAUUAAUAAACAGAGAUGGGAAGUAACAAAGUACAAAUACUUUGUUACUGAACUUAAGUAGAUUAUACUGGUAUCAGUACUUACUCCACUAUUUAUUUAUUUUUGACAACUUUUUACUUCUUACAUUUUUACACAAGUAUCUGUACUUUCUACUCCUUACAUUUAUAAAUUGGGCUCGUUCGUUUUCAUAUGUUUGGUGGCGCAAUUUAUAUAAUUUCAUGUCAUUGUGCCAGGGGCGUCGCUAGACCUAAUUUACUGGGGCACGUGUCCCAGUAAAAAUCGUCAGUGCCCUAGUAAAUGCUUUGAGAUAUGAUUUACUUCAUAUGCAAGUGUAUUCAUUAAGAGUGGUAAUUCCGAAAAAAAGAUGAUAUUCUCUAUGUGCAACUGAACCAACGCUGUUGAAAGCAAUGUAGUUUAAUCAAAAAGCAAACUGAUGCAUCUUCGCGUGUGCGCAGAGAACCUGCGUGCCUCUUGCACACGCUGCUCUUUUUCCGGUGCGAAUGCCAGUAGUUAACAUGCUGGCUAAAAAAAAUGCUCACACGACGCUCAUGCGUUGUAAAACCGACGUAACAGCCAUUUUUUGUUUUGCAAGUUGACAAAACUAAAGUUCAAACAAUAUAAUGGUGAUCUUAUAAGCAAGCCUGAUAGAUUUUUUUUUUGUAUGAAGCAAAAAGGAGGGAUGACGAGUCUUGGAGGUAAGACUUUUUGAGCAAUGUUGGUGCCAUAUUGCAGGGUGUGAUGCUGCUUGGCUACUUUCAUAAAAUAGAAUGUGAGGUCUAGUUAUCUACCUAUCCUCACUCACUAUCCUUCAGCUUAGUCCCUGAUUUAUCAGUUGGCAGUUCAUUCUGCUGUGGCGACCCCGGAUUAAUAAAGGGAUUAUGCUGUAAAGAAAA